CCACGAUCCAAGUCCCACUGCUUUAGUUCGCAUGAGCAGGAAGAUUUGCUCGAAGAUACCCUGAAACUGGAACCCAGGCUGGUCUGUUUGCCAGCCAGUGCUUCACUGCUGUCAACCUCAGUCGCAAGUGGCAGCUACCGUGAGUAGCUUCUGUGCAUCAUGAAGAAUUUUUCAUUUCCUGUGCAGGAUAACACACAUCAGACCGAGAGUCCUCCUCCUCACAGAUUCCUGAGUUUGACAAAUCAGUCAGAUCCUAUUGGAAGACCAGAAAGAGAUGAGCAAUUAGCUCAAGUAGAGAUUGCUGUUCUGGGGGUCAUAUUUCUGACAGCGUCUGUGGGCAAUUUCAUUCUCAUACUCGUGCUGUGGCGAAGAAGAAAGAAGCUGUCUAGGAUGUAUGUGUUCAUGCUUCACCUCAGCAUUGCUGACUUAGUGGUAGCCUUUUUCCAAGUGCUACCUCAGCUCAUUUGGGAUAUUACAGAUGUUUUCAUAGGGCCAGAUUUCUUGUGCAGAAUUAUCAAGUAUCUACAAUUGCUGGGCAUGUUUGCCUCUACUUAUAUGAUAGUGGUCAUGACAGUGGACAGAUAUCAAGCUGUUUGCUACCCUAUGGUCACUUUCCAAAAGAAGAGAGCUCUCUGGAACUUCCCCAUUUGCAGCAGCUGGUCUAUAGCACUGAUUCUUAGCCUACCACAGGUAUUUAUCUUUUCUAAGACUGAAAUAUCUCCAGGUGUCUUUGAAUGUUGGGGUGAAUUUAUUCAGCCCUGGGGGCCAAGGGCAUAUGUGACUUGGAUUUUUGUAGUUAUAUUCUUCAUUCCCUCAGCAAUCCUUAUCACAUGCCAGGUCAAGAUUUGCAAAAUAAUCAGAAGAAAUAUAAACGUGAAAAAACAGAAUGAAUGUGAAGCAACAAAUCAGAAUCAAGUCCUGCCAUCCCGAGCAAGCAGUGUGAACUGUAUUUCAAAGGCUAUGAUCAAGACUGUAAAAAUGACAGUGGUGACAGUUGUUGCCUAUGUUCUGUGUUGGUCACCUUUCUUCAUUGCCCAGCUGUGGUCUGUGUGGUUCCCCAGCAUCCUGACUGAAGGUUCAGCAUUCACCAUUAUAAUGCUCCUUGGCAAUUUAAAUAGUUGUGCCAACCCAUGGAUUUACAUGUAUUUCUGUGGCCAGAUUCCACAUUGCACAAGCAAGCAGCUGGAGAAUACCUCGGCUCAAGAGGAAUCCGUGUUCACAGGCAGCAUUCAUCUCGCAGACAGAGACCCUGAGGAGAACAGCACUUCUGCAUAAAUGCUGAGGGCUUGUUGUUGUCUUGUUACAUUCCCUGUGUUCACAAGACAUAGCGAUAUUUUACCAUCACCCCUUAUUUUGUGGAUAAGGAAGCUGAAAAAUUGGUUUUUGUUGUAAAAAUAUAUUUCUCUGCAGUUCUGUAGCAUAUUCAGGAAGUUUCUGUGUUGUGCAAGCCUGACUCAGUGCUUCAAUCGCCACUGUCUUAUAAGAAUGAAUUCCUGUAAAGACUGACAAAUAUACAUAAAAGUAUCUUAGAUAUUUUUUGUUCUAAAGUACUUCCCCCUCUGUGAUUCUGGAUUUCUAAGAAGUAAAAAUUUUAUUACUAACUGGUUCAACAAAUUGAAACAUAAUUAAAAAGAAACCUGAUCUAAUUAACCUUGAAUAUGUUUUCAGAUUGAACCAUGAAUUGUUCAUCAUUCUGGUGUGAUUGAGGGACAAUCACAAAUCUUGAGAAGGCAGCACAAAGUCAGAAAAAGCUUUUGCCAGCUCUUACUAGCACCUGGUUUAAAUUAACUCUUUAUGUACAUUUAUAAAAUGCCAAGCAGCUUAAUAUAAUUUAGAAAAAUAAAAAUUGGUGUGCUUGUGACAUUGAACCCCUACUUCAGUUUCAAAUUCCGUUGUGGAUUUCAGGUAUCAGCAGCAUAACGGCAGUUCAGGUUUUUUGGCUUCACACCAUGGGAUUUGAUUUUCCAUGCAUUUCCUGAUGUGUAAGCAGUUAACUGGACACCUACACACACCCCAUACACACACAUAUACAUACUCUAAAUAAAAGUGGGUGCUAAGAGAGACGCUUUCAUUUGGCAUUCAGACCCAUUUGUUCUAGCAUGAGAUUUAUUGACAGAGAACCAAUUAUUAUUUUAUUCCUUAGUAUCCCUUUAGGUUCAAAUUCAAAUAUUUCCCUUUGCUGUAAAAAUAAAUCUGCAUAUCUUUAUUUCAAAUGCC